AUGGAUGAAUUCCUGUCGACUCCAUCAGCACACUCAAACACUGCGGCCUCCAGACACAUGAACGAGGAGUCAGGCCCGGAGAGCCCGGGAACCUUGGUGGCUGAGACGAGGUGCACAUCAACCCAGAUGGAGCAAAUCACCACCUCCAUGUUCACCAAAGCCGAUGUUGGUGCACUGGAGACCUCGCUAAAGCACACCAUCCGAGGUGAAGUGACUGCAAUACGCCAAAAUGUCACGGCCCUGCAAGGGAGGGUCUCAGCACUUGAGACUGCCGGGGAGCGUUCAAACGCCCCACACGGUACUCCACGGGAUGUUGUGUGCAUGCACUCCUUCCGGCAGAAGGAGAGGAUCAUGAAUCGGGCCAGGGAGCACCAGACCUGGCAUUUCCGAAAUGCCAAUGUGAGCCCCCUUUGUCCCUGGAGGCUAAGCGGGCCCUAA